AUGGCCACACACGGCGGCGCCACCACGCUGGGCCGCCGGCUCAAGUUUUUCAAAGUCCUCUUGCCCGGCUCCUUCGAGGUUAGCUUGCGCAUCCCGCCCAAGUUCGCGGCGGGACUCGGCGUGUGUCGUCCCUGGCGCGCCGCCGCCACGCUCCGCGACCCCACGGGGAGGUCGUGGGACGUCGACCUCCACCGAGACGGGGACCACCGGACUUCCUUCGAGGGCCGCGGGUGGCGCGGCUUCGUCUCCGCCAACGGCAUCUCCGCCGGGCACCUGCUCGUCUUCGAGCACAGCGGCGGCCUUGACUUCGGCGUCGACGCGUUUGACGCUUCCGGCUGCCAAAGCGAUGUCUCCCGCACCCGCAGUGAGAAGAAUACCGCGGACGCCAGGAUGAUUGGCACUAGCAUUGCUUGUGAUGAUGAUGGACUAGGGAACAAGGCUAUUGAAGACCAGCACUUGGCUGAGACGACAGGAACCUCCGGGGACAUGGAGUUGGGCAACGGCCGACGGCGGCCACCACCAGCAUCAGCGCGGCGCACCGGGAACAAGAGGACGAAGCGGUGGCCCAGCACGGGCACCAUCGCCUCCUGCAAUGAAGGAGAAGAAGAUGCGUCGGCUGGCCGUGGCUGGCAGCCUGAUGACGAGACGCUCUGCCGGCGCAUCGAGAGGCCUUACCAGCUGCGCUUCUUGGACCUGAGCAAGAGCUUCUGCGACCGCGUGGGCUGGACGGCGUCGCGCGACGUUGAGCUCUGCGCGGCGGGUGACGAGGAAAAUCAGCGGAGACGAUGGACGGUGAGCGUGAAGGUGUCGGCCAAGGGCGGCAUGAUGUGCGCUGGCUGGGCGGCCUUCGCGCAGGACAGCCGGCUCAGCCUCUCCGACGCCUGCGUCUUCGUGCCACUCCAAGGCUCCGACGUCAUUCGAGUCCAAGUUCGCAGAGGCGGCAUUUGCACUCCAUGA